AUGUGUUUACUUCACUUAGCACGGUUUUCUAUGUUACUAAAUGAAAAGAAUGUGACAUUGUUUUCUCUUUUGCCCGUAUCUGAUUCUUCACUUUUAAUAUGUCGUUCUCUCUCUCUCUCUCUCUUUCUCUCUCUCUCUCUCUCUCUCUCUCUCAUGCUUAUUUAUAAAGAUAACAACACGAGUUUAAUGUUUCAAAAUUUAUAUCUCUAUCUAUCUAUCUAUCUAUCUAUCUAUCUAUCUAUUAGUUUGUUCAUUAUCUAUCUAUCUAUCUAUCUAUUAGUUUGUUCAUUAUCUAUCUAUCUAUCUAUCUAUCAGUUUGUUCAUUAUCUAUCUAUCUAUCUAUCAGCCUGUUCAUUAUCUAUCUAUCUAUCUAUCUAUCUAUCAGCCUGUUCAUUAUCUAUCUAUCUAUCUAUCUAUCUAUCUAUCUAUCUAUCUCUAUAUAUAAUGAAAGGAAAGGAAGAGAGCCUAACAGAUAUUCUCUUUCUCUCUCUGUUUAUCGCUCUCUCUUUCUGUUGUUCUCUCUCUCUCUCUCUCUCCCUCUCUCUCUCUCUCUCGACAGAGUUUCUGUCAUUUGUUGCUGAUAAUCUAUCUCUCAACCUACCUAUCUCUGUUUCUCUCCCUCUAUCUACGUAUCUAACUGUUUCUCUCUCUCUAUCUCUAUUGAUCUAUAUCACCUAUCUAUCUCUGUCUAUCUCUCUAACAAUCUAUCUCUCUCUACCUAUCUCUGUUUCUCUCUCUAUCUGUCUAUCUAUAUAUUUGAUCUUUAUCUCUCUCUCUUUCUCUCUCUCUUUCUCUCUUUCUUUCUCUUUCUCUCUUUCUUUCUUUCUUUCUCUCUUUCUUUCUCUCACUCUUUCUCUCUUUCUUUCUCUCACUCUUUCUCUCUUUCUUUCUCUCACUCUUUCUCUCUUUCUUUCUCUCACUCUUUCUCUCUCUCUCACUCUUUCUCUCUCUCACUCUUUCUCUCUCUCUCACGCUUUCUCUCUCUCUCUCUCUUCUCAGCUAAUUAGCGACACUUUUGGCUUUCUUAUUCUCACCUUUACCUUAUUCUCAGCUGCUAUGUUUUUUUGUUUUUUUUUGGCCUCUUCCUCUUCCACCUCCUUCUCUCUUGGAUUCUUCUUUUUCUUCUUCUUCCACAUCCUUCUCUCAGCUGCUACUUCUUUUUCGUCAUCUUUUUCUCCUACCUCUUCCUCUCUUGACUUCCUCCUCCUUCUUUUGUGCGAUCAUCUUCUCUUUCCUCCUUCUCUCACCUCUUACUCUCUUGACUAUUACUUCUCCACCUCCUCCUCUUUUGACUACCUUUUCUUAUUCUUCACUUUCUAUGGCAUCUUCUUCUCUCAACACCUCCUCCUCUUUAGGCUUUUUCUUUUUCUUCUUCAUUUCUUCCCAUCUCCUAUUUUUUCAUCAUCUCUUACCUCUUCGUUUUCUCACCUCCUCAUCACUUUUUUUUCUCUCACCCCCUCCUUUGUUGACUUCCUUUUUUUUCUUCUUCUCUUCUUUUUAACGACUUCUUCUCACAACUCUUCCUCUUUUGGGUUCUCCUUCUCCCAUGUCUUCAUCUCUUUGUUUCUUCUUCCAUCUUCCCCCUCAUGUGCUUCUUCUUCAACCACUUCCAUGUCUGUUAUGGCUUCUCCUUGCCUUUUGUCUCCUUCCUACUCCUGCAGUUGGCCCUUGUGUCUUCUUUGUCUUUUCUUCAUUAUUUCUCCUUGUUCCCUUGACUCACCAUGUUCUCAAAAUGUUCCGGAAGAAUGCAGGUAA